GAGAGCAGGCGGAGACAGCGGCGAGUCGGACGCCGGGCUGACUGAGCCUGAGCGGGGCGGGGGAUUGACGGAGAGCAUCCGCCUCGCGGGAGCUGCGUGAGGAGCGGGAGUGGCCGGGCCUGCCUUCCGCGCUUGAGCGAGCGCCCAGUGAUGGCGAUGGUGAUGGCGGCAGUUGCUCGGACAGCCCCAGUUAAGCUGCGCCCAGAGAGAUUCAUCCAGAAAGUGCCCAGAAGAAUCUUCCUGUCAGAAAAGCUAAAAAGGUGGUAUUUAUAACACUGGGAGUUGUAAAUAAUUUGUUUAAAAUGGCUGAAAACAAUAGUAAAAAUGUAGAUGUCCGGCCUAAAACAGGCCGCAGUAGAAGCGCUGACCGAAAGGAUGGCUAUGUGUGGAGUGGAAGGAAGCUGUCCUGGUCCGGGAAGACGGAGAGCUGUUCUGAGUGGGAGACCGUAGAUCCUGAAGAGAAAGCCAGAGCUCCUCGAAGGAGCCAAGAAAGGGACAGCUGCUCGCCCACUGACUUGGACUUAGACAAUUCCUGUGGGCAUAGAUUUUUAGGCCGGUCCCUUAAACAGAAGCUGCAGGAUGCUGUGGGGCAGUGUUUUCCAAUAAAGAACUGUAGCGGUCGGCACACUACAGGGCUUCCGUCUAAAAGGAAAAUUCAUAUCGGUGAGCUCAUGCUAGACAAGUGCCCGUUCCCACCUCCAUCAGAUUUAGCCUUUAGGUGGCAUUUUAUUAAACGACAUACUGGUCCUGUAAGUCCAAAAUCAGAUGAAUGGGUGAGCACAGACUUACCUGGGAGUAAACUGAGGGAUGCUCAGCUAAAACGAAGAAACAUGGAAGAAGACAUACCCUGUUUCUCACAUACCAGUGUUCAGCCUUGUGUCAUAACUACCAACAGUGCUUCGUGUAGAGAUGGUCACAUAACUGGCUCUUUGAUGAACUUGGUCACAAAUGACAGCAUAGAAGAUAGUGAUAUGGACUCAGAGGAUGAGAUCAUAACACUGUGCACAAGCUCCAGAAAAAGAAACAAGCCCAGGUGGGAAGUGGAUGAGGAAAUCCUGCAGCUGGAGGCACCUCCCAAGCAGCACACCCAGCUGGAUUACGUUCACUGCCUUGUACCAGACCUCCUUCAGAUCAGUAACAACCCGUGCUACUGGGGCGUUAUGGACAAAUACGCGGCUGAAGCUCUGCUGGAAGGAAAGCCAGAGGGCACCUUUUUACUUCGAGACUCAGCACAGGAAGAUUACCUAUUCUCCGUUAGUUUUAGACGCUAUAGUCGUUCUCUUCAUGCUAGAAUUGAACAGUGGAAUCACAACUUUAGCUUCGAUGCCCACGAUCCAUGUGUCUUCCAUGCUCCUGAUAUCACUGGGCUCCUAGAGCAUUAUAAGGACCCAAGUGCCUGUAUGUUUUUUGAACCACUUUUAUCCACUCCGCUAAUCCGGACUUUCCCCUUCUCCUUACAGCAUAUCUGCAGAACAGUUAUUUGUAAUUGUACAACUUACCAUGGCAUCGAUGCCCUUCCAAUUCCUUCUCCUAUGAAACUGUAUCUGAAGGAAUACCAUUACAAGUCCAAAGUUAGGUUACUCAGGAUUGGUGUGCCAGAGCAGCAGUGACGGGAAAGGCUAGGAGUGUGGACUUGCAGGUGGAUUUUCAUUUAUUCUUAGUUUUCUUAUGCCUCUUUGAAUCUUUCUACAAAGGCAGUUAGAAUCCAAAAUAAAACUGCCCUAAAUUUUAAUUCCAGAUUAGUUUAUUUUCUUAUGAUACACUUGUUAUAUAUUUUUAAGCAGGUGUUUUUUUUUACCGUGUAAAUUGUAUAUUUUCCCCUUAAUUUUACAUAUGGUCCAGGCAUAUUGAAAUUUCAAGGCAUUGCAAAUGCAUUUGAAUAUUGUGAUUUUUUUAAAAAUAAUCUUCUGCUCUUCCCUGCAUGUGAAAUGCUUUGCUAAUCUAUGCUAUCAGUAUUCUUGUAUGACAGAACAGUUACCUUUCCCACUUUGAUUUUAAAAUUCUUUAGUAAAGAUGAGUGUUGUAGUCCAUCCAUAAUAAUGUAAUGGCAAAUAGGAGUGGUAGGCAACAAAAUGGUUUAAAAUGAAACUUAAUGUGUUUUUUUUUUAAAUACUACCUAAAACAGGUUGUUUGUUUGUUUUUUAAUUUGGCCAAUGAAAAGAGAGAAUGUUAUGUUCUAGAAGUGCAUUUGUUCUGCAGUACAGCGGGAUCAUCAGUAAAUCCAAAUACAGCAGCCCCUCAGCCUGGAAGAGGUGACUGAUAUAAUGUAAAUUGUGUUUUUUUCUUACGGGAAGCUUUACAAAUAAAAUAGCAUUAUUAGAAACUUGGAGUUGCCAAGGCAGCUAGAGUUUUUCUGUAUUAAUUUAUGGACUGUCACAUCUACUUAGCUCUUUCCUAGGAACUCUGGUUCCUAAGGGAAAUACAGUUUCUUUUUUUUUUUGUUUUGUUUUGUUUUUUCAAGACACGGUUUCUCUGUGGUUUUGGAGCCUGUCCUGGAACUAGCUCUUGUAGACCAGGCUGGUCUCGAACUCACAGAGAUCCACCUGCCUCUACCUCCCAAGUGCUGGGAUUAAAGGCAUGCGCCACCACCGCCCGGCGAAAUACAGUUUCUAAACAGCUCCCAUAUCCACCAGUAACAAAGAGACUUGAAUAGUUUCUCAUUAUUUGAAACUGAACUUAAAUACAAAUGCAAGCAAAAAACAUGGUUUAAUAUUUAGGAAGUUUAAUAUUCAUUUUGGUCUUCACGACCUAAAUAAUGAUUUCUGUCUUCAUACCUAACAUGUAUUUUACGUGGCUUCAAAAAGGAGAAGACAUGGCGAUAGCUUCAUGACAUAACGUACUGGACAGGAGGGCAAAAAGUAUUUCACAUUUACUAUCGUAAGGGCAGCACAGCAUUUUAGGACCAUCACUGGCCUGAAGUUACCAGUAAGAAAGACAAGCGGUCUGGGCCCUAUUUAUCUACUCAGUGACAGAGCUACACAGAUUUCCCAGAGGUCCUUGUGGUAGGCUGUCUGCCCCUUUGAAAUACUGUAGUAGUUUUUUAUUUAUUGUGUGUGUGUGUGUGUGUGUGUGUGUGUGUGUGUGUGUCUUGAGCGAGAGUGACAGUAUCUCUCCAUUAGUCUAGGCUGACCUCUGAUUGGGGAUUGUACAGCCUGAGUUUCAGGAUUACAGGUUUCUUUUUCUUGCUUUCCAUUUCCCUUUUUCCUUCCUUUUUUUUUUUUUGUUGCUUUUUUUUUAUUUGUUUUGGUUUUUGUUGUUGUAUAGAUUAUUUUAUUUUUGUUUGUUUCUUUGUUUGUUUAAAAUAGAGCUUCUCUGUGUAGCCCUGGCUGACCUGUAGCUUGUUGCAUAGACCAGGCUGCCCUUGAACUCACAGAGAUCCUCCAGCCUCUGCCUCACAAGUACUGGGAUUAAAGAUAUGCAUGACUUCGCCUGGCUAGUAAUUGAUUUUUUUGAUGCUAGUUCUGCUGGAUUAGAAAACUUGCUUCAGUCUGUAUUGAAAGAACAUUGACUCCUAAAUUACAAGUCAGAACAAAUGUUUCUUGCUGGUAUAGUGGUGCACACCUCUAAUCCCAGCACUUAAGAACCAGAGGGAUGCUGCAAAUGUAAACCAGUUAGAGCUGUAUGGUGAGAAUUUGUCUCAAAAAACUUUUUCCCUUAAUUCUUGUUGUAUAAUAUGUUAAAGAAACCUUUUCUGAUCUUGAAGGACUGUUAAUGUAAAGAAAACAUUCUUCAGCAAUAGUUUUAUUGGUCAUGGUAGUUCAUCCCUGUAUUCCCAGAACUUGGAAGACUGAGGCAGGAGGAUUCCUAUGUGUUCUGGAACAACCUAGGCUACAGAGUGAGACCCUGUUUCAAUACCCCCCCCCCCGAAAAACACCAACCUAAUAGCUUCAAAUUUUUCAACCAUUACAAAAUUAAUGUGUGGAAAAUCUGUUACCAUUCUCUUCUAGAAUUUUUUUCCCUUAGCGGUCUAAAGAUGGUCUGGAUCUGUGAGAGGUAGCCACUCAGGAUGUGCCUCUUACAGAUGUAAUGAGCCUCAGGCUGUGGACACUUGUGGGGUGACUGCAUACCCUCUAAAGAAGAUGCUGCCCUUCCUAGAAGUGGAGUCUCCGACUACCUCACCUUUGCUGUGGCACUUUUGUAGUUGCUGAGAUGAUCUCCUCUUACUAACCGGUAUAGCAUUUCUUAAGUCUCCUCUGGUGGCAGAAUCUAUAGUGUGGGAAGACUCCACUCAUGCUCACAGCUCCUUAUCAGAAUUUGAUAGACCUGUUGCUAUGAAACAAUUAUUUUUAAUAUUUUUCUUUUAAAAGUAACUUUUUAUCAGUACAGAACUAUCUAAGGGAUGACUAGCUUAUUCUGUUAAAAGGUAGUUUUAUAAAGAAAAGUAAAAUGUAAUCAUGUCUUUUAUAGUGGUAAAAUUAGUGUUUAUAUGAAAGUCAAUCAAUAUUUGAUUAUCUUUUAAUAUACUUCAGACUGAUUGCUUCUAUUUUCUCUGACUUCUGUUCUUUUCCAUUUCAAGGUAUUAACAGCUGUCAAUAUUUUCAAAAUACUGCCAUAUGUGUAGCUUUGAAAUGUGUAUUAAUUGAGGACAGGAGAGACUCCUUUUCUCUGAAAUGUUUUGUGUUUCCUUUGGCACUACAACGAAAAGAAACUGGACAGUAGAGACAUGGAGGGACUUGAGAACUAUCUCCUGCGAAGGAAAGAAGAGUGACAAGAAUAACAGGGAGCUGGGGUCUAGAGAAAGAAAUGACCCACUUUCCUGUGUUUGUGAAGAACAGCAGAACUCAGAAACUAACUCAUGACAAAGGUUAAAAUGUAUUUACUGACUUAAAUAGCUAAAAAUGAAUAAAUUUUAUGAAGUACCCAAAGAAGUCUAAAUUAAAUGGAAAUGUAACUCUUAACUUGAAUUUUGAAACUUUUGAAUAGUGUCAGUUACAGCUGAAAAAGUGUCCAGUGCAGGACUUGAUGCGCACGCCUUUGAUCCCAGCACUCAGGAGACAGAGGCAGACAGGUCUCUGAGAGUUGAGUAACAACCUGGUCAACAUAGUGAGUUCCAGGCCAGCCAGGCUACAUAGUGAGACCGCCUCAAAACAAAAACGAAAAAGAAAGAAAGGCAGUCGGUAUGGUGGAAAUGUGUAGUUUAUUUGUGAAAGAAGACGGAACUAAAAGAAACAGAAUAAAAUAUUAAAAUUAAAAAUGUAGGCAUUACCUCAGGGAAACGCCUUGCCAGUGAAAGGGAACUACUUUCUCACUAAUAGCUCUCUGGACCAGACACCACUACCUUGGGAAGCAUCUUGCACAAUCAGGAGGUGAACUUGACUUUUCCACCUCUCUUGAGGCUUUUCAGGACAGACCCUUCUGCUCAUUGUUUAAACUACAUCUUGAGUCAUGCUGUGAUUCCUGCAAUAAUGCUGAAUGCAUUCUUUUUAGUUUCCUUGGGUGUUUUUUUAUGAAGAGUUAUAUGUUUAUAUGUGAUCUUUCUGAUACAUAACCAUGUUAUUGGCCUAAAUAAUUAUAUGGCGAGAAUAUUAAUUUAAAGAGGACCGGAUAGGAAUAUUAGAGGAAGCUUUUAGUCAGCCUGUGGCUAGAUUUAUUGAUUUGGUGAACAAGCCUGUAUUCUUUGCUGACUUUCAGCUAAUGGUGAACUGUGGUCAAAGAAUGGCUUUCACUUAAUGUUUUGACUUAUUACAAAGAAGAUAAAGAAUGUUUUAGUGAUUAGAAAUCCUUUAAAACGUAGAACAAAUGUGCAAAUAAGACUCAUCAUCUUUUUAUAAGAAAAACACAUAAGCCUUUAUCAUUUAUUCAUGAGCUAAAGCCAUUAAGCUAAAUCAAAUUAUCAACUUCCUGUCUCUGGAGUUUGGUCGUUUUAUAGAUCCACGUAGCAGAGCACUUCUUUCCUGUGAGACAGAUGUUUUGAGAUCUCUUACUCUCUUUCAUUAAAAGUAUUUAUAACUUUUAACUAUAAUCAGAAUCCAGGAGACAAGCAUAUUUUUAUUUUGGCAGGGCAAAUUUCACAGACUAUAGACUUAAUUAUAAGACAAUCCUGAAAACAAAACAAUGAUUAAAAUAGCUCAUUUAGCCAGGUGUGGUGGUGCCCACCUUCUUUAGUCCCAGCAUUUGGGAGGCAGAGGCAGGUGGAUCUCUGUGAGUUCCAGGCCAGGGCUACCUAGUGAGAGACUGAUUCAACAAAAAAGGAAAGAAAAGAAAAGAAAGAAAGAAGUAAUCGUUAUCCAAAGGAAAGGGCCUGUGACAAAACUAGCCCUGAGCUAGUGUUUCUAGUUAUGGUUGUGAAGGGGUUAGUCAAUCCUAAGGCCUCUUUUGUCUUACUGUCCUGUGCAAUGUAGGUAACGGUCCUGUCCCUUGGUCUCCUGAACGUUCAUUCAGUAAGAGGUGUCCCUUGGAGCAUAGUUGAAAAUAAUUGCAAGUAGCUAUUCAGUACUAAUCGAGAAUGAUCAGUUCUCAAAAUAGCACCUUUGUGGAGCAUACAAAAAUCACAUUCACUGGAUCUGUAGUAGGUCUUCUUGACUUGGUCUGACAGUGGAGAUGACAGAAGAGUUUGGGUCUAUGGUUCAAGCUCUACAAUUAGAUGAUUGCAAUCUCCUCCUGCCUUCAUCAGGUCUGUGCAAACGGAUGUUCGCCUUAUUUGAUUACAUUCGCAGGAAUAAAGAUAAUUUUUGCCAUGGCUAUAAAUCAAAUCUAAGCUUUCAGACUUAAGCCAUGGUGUAAAACUCGGAUCAGUUUUCUAUUAGCCAAGUAUGAACUAUAUAUACUUGAAUAUACAGAGCCUAAUGAUUUCAUAAAGCUAUGUUGUCAGUCAUGGUGUGUGAUCCAUACUAGCUCCACUUUCUAAUCUUGGUAAACAUUUGUGUGUGAGUUUAAA